AUGUCGUCUUUGGUGGCAUACUUGCUUAUACUUUUCUCUUUCUGUGUCAUAUCUAAGCUUCUGAGGGCAGGAUCUCGCGCCAAGUAUCUACCGCCAGGUCCACCAACUGUCCCCAUACUCGGCAAUCUCCAUCAGAUACCUUUGACAGGGUUCCAUAAAAAAAUUCAGGCAUGGGCACAGGAAUAUGGAAACAUUUUUUCUUUGAAAUUUGGGUCAGGAACAACCAUCAUCCUACUCGACCGAAAAGCAAUCCAUGAGCUGCUGGAGAAGAAGAGCUCUAUAUAUUCUGAUCGGCCAAAAGAUCAUGUCAUAUCAAUCAUUGAUUGUGGCGGCUUUUCCCUUUGGGACACGAACAUUCAUAGCAGAUCACAGCGGAAGGUGACAUUCUCAUGUCUUUCACCAGCCCAAGUGGAAGGGAACCUCCGCCAGACCCAAGAAGCCGAGGUCGCUGUGCUGCUUCGUGACUUAGCCACAACCCCCGAUGCGCUUUUCAAACACGUAAAGCGCACAACGACCUCUAUUCUUGACAUAGUUACCUGGGGAUUCAGGGCCCCCACGUUUGACAGCUGGUGGGCUUCCGGUGUGUGUGAAGUAUCUGAUGAAUUCUUCGCUGGUAUAACACCGGGCGCAUAUCCACCUGUCGACCAGUUUCCCUUUUUGAAAUACCUCCCUGAUAGCUUGAGCCCCUGGAGGACUCGCGCCAAGAGCCUGAAGGCAAAAGUCGACUCUUUCUGGGCAGAGGCCAGGCAACGCCUUGAGGAAAGGCGUGCAAAAGGCAACACGCGAGUCUCCAUAGCGGAUGCUUUGUUAGAUGGGAUCCAGCCUAUCGAUGUUCCUCUAACAGAUCGGCAGUUGAACGACUUUUUAGGGUUUCUAACUGGUACUGGAUCAGACACAACAUCUGGAAGUAUCCUAACAUCUAUUCGGUACCUUGCUGCUCAUCCUCUUAUACAGCAGAAAGCACAAGCCGAAAUCGACAUCGCUUGUGGCGCUCACAGACUGCCAGUUUGGUCAGACCAUGAAAACAUCCCUUACGUCAAUUGCAUUCUCAAAGAAGGGAUGAGAAUCCAGCCUAUAGUGCCUGUUAUCUUCCCACAUCGUGCUAGAGAAGACAAUUGGUAUCAGAAUAUGCUGAUUCCAAAAGAUUCGCUUAUCCUCAUUCCGGCCUGGACGAUCCAGCACUCCGAAGGCUGUGGAUAUGAGGAUCCAGAGACUUACAAUCCUGAUCGUUUCCUCAACCACCAGAAACUCGCCUCAGCAUAUGUUGGCAAUGCAAAUUUCAUGAACCGAGAUCACUACGCCUAUGGUGUUGGUAAACGUCUUUGCCCUGGGAUUCAUCUGGCAGAACAUAUUCAGUGGCAAAUCACAGCAGUAUUGCUGUGGGCCUUCGAAGUUCUUCCCAUGAAACACUCUACGACAGGCGAAAACGUGCCUUUGGAUUUGGACGCAUACGAGGACGGUCUCAUACAGCAUCCACUGCCUUACAAAGUUGAGUUCAAGCCUCGAAGUAAUGUCCAUGUGGAAACAAUUUUGCGAGCUGCAGAAGAGGCGGAUGUAUACCUGAAAGGUUUUGAAGAAUCGUGA